UGAGUAAAAUCCGAAUCCAAAUAACAAUGGUGGAUGGAGCAAAGUGAGAGGGAAUCGUUGUGAGAAAUAGAUAUGGAGGGAAAAGGAACAGCAACAGGGUGUUACAAGUGUGGCAGACCCGGUCACUGGUCCCGUGAUUGCCCUUUCUCUGCCCCCAAUUCAAACCCUAAUAGUAACAGCGCCACCAAUCCCAAGCCUUCUUCCGCCAGAUCUGCCUCCGACAAGCCCAAGAAGCUCCCCCGAACCAGGCCCAAACUCACUCCCGAUCUUCUUCUUUCCGACGACGGCCUCGGUUACGUCCUUCGCUAUUUUCCUCGCGAGUUCAAAUACCGUGGUCCUGGCCACGAGGUUCGUGAUUUGGGUAAUCUGCUUCAGUUGUACUCCGAAUGGCACUCUCGCUUGCUCCCUUACUACUCUUUCCAUCAAUUUAUUCACAAAGUGGAGAAAGUUGCUGCCACCAGGCGUGUAAAGACUUGCCUUAGAGAAUUGAGAGAAAGAGUUGCAAGUGGUGGAGAUCCAACAAAACUGCGUGAACCACCACCAGUUAUGGAUGACACUCCAGCUGAUGAACAAGAUGGGGGAGCAAGUCAUCAAGAGAGAGACAUGUUUGCAGAAUCUGAAAAUGUUGACAUUCAAGACGACAUUCUUAAUGAUAUAUAUGAAAAAGCUACUGAAGAACCUUCUCAGUCCACACAUAAUGAGGUUGGCGCUAUUAUGGCUUCCAAUAGUAGAGCAAUUGAAAAGACAUCAAAGGAAGUCCCAAAUAAUGGAGCCAGUCAGUCCGGCAGAGCUGAGAUAACAGACGAGCAGAGAGCUCGUAUGGAAGCAAAUAGGUUGAAGGCACUAGAAAGGCGUGCUGCUCGAGCUGCCUUAUCACAGGCCCCCUAAAUAGUUUCUUUUUUAUGGUCUGGUGAAUAUGAAUGUUAUACGAGUUGUUUGUGAUCAUGAAGAUUGAUUUGUCAAAACAGCUAAUGGAUUCGUGUUCGUUUAUGAGCUUCAUGUUUAAGUUUUAAGCGGGUUUAUUCAGUCGCUUGUUUGGGGCACUUUAUCCAAAGUGGAUGAUAAUUAUAGUGGCAAUCAGGCAAUCACUUGAAAAACAAGUUGAGAAUUUACUUACGUUUAGGUUGUAGAAAUUGAUAAACAAUGGUUGCAACUUGCAAGAACAAAAAUCGACUGUUCCACUUCU